AUGGAGUCGAUUGCAGCAGACAUCCCCGGCUCGUCGCUGAUACGCUUCAGCCCAGAAAAGUAUCCCUUCGUGCCGGCGGUGCUCCAGCGAGCGGUCGGCUUGCCAACGGACACCUUCACAGAGCUCCCUGAGCUUUUGGAGAAGAUGCUCAGCGCGGACGGCAUCUUGGGCUUCGGCUCCAGCGUUCUCAGCGCUGGGGAGACUGUGAGGGUGUCGGGAUUUAGGGGCAUUUUGGGGGUGAGAACCCUGUGUGGUCCCGGCCGCUUCCCUGUACAAAUGCAAACAAAAAGCAGGGAGAGAAAUGCGUUUUGCCAGCUUGACCUGGUGAGUUCUCCGGUACAUGUAGUAGGCAACCCACAACCCUCGAACGAGUCCUUAAAACCCAGUCGAGCUUCCAAAAGCAUCAUGGGUUGUCAUUCCAAAUCCGAGCCCGAAGCCGUACAGGGUCCUAGCGGAACGGACCUCGUGAAGCCCUGCAAAAGUUAUAGCCCUGAAAGGGGGCCUUAG